AUGUCCUCUGUACGCGAGAGUUCCAAGGAAGAAUCCAUCGUUCAGCCUCCAAAGGCCCUCGAGCCCGCGCCUUUUCCGGACGGCGGAGCACGAGCCUGGAUGGUGGCCCUGGGAGCUGGGGGCGUGCUCUUUCGUACUUUUGGAUAUGUCAAUGCUUUUGGUGCUGCAGACAUCGCCUGGAUUGGGUCUGUUCAGAUGUUUUUCCUCUUCGGAUCCGGUCUUGUUGGCGGUCCCCUAUUUGAUCGCUAUGGAGCCAAAGUCAUCUGGGCCCCCGCGGUGCUGGUCAUCUUCAGCGUCAUGAUGACCAGCCUCUGCACGAAAUUCUACCAAUUCUUCCUAGCUCAAGGAAUCCUCGGCGGUAUUAGCAUGGGCUUGUCGCUCGCCCCCGCACUCUCCUCCACAGCGCAGUAUUUUCAGAAGAGGCGCGCCGCUGCAAUGGGCAUCACCAUCGCCGGGUCAUCCCUCGGCGGCGUGAUCUUCCCCAUCGCCCUAGAGCAGAUGCUCUACUCCUCAUUAGGCUUUGCAUGGGCCGUCCGCAUCAUCGGCUUUGUCAUUCUCGGGGUCAUGUCCUUCGCAGUCUUGGGGAUCCGCGCACGCCUCCCACCCAAGAAACAAAGGUUCCUCAAACUCGAGGCCUUCAAGAAAACCCACUACGUCGCCACUCUGACCGCGGUUUUCUUCCUGAACGUCGGCAUCUUCACCCCCUUCUUCUACCUCCCGUUAUACGGCGAAUUCCAUGGCAUGAGCACCAGCCUGGCCUUCUACCUCCUCGCGAUCCAAAACGCAUCCUCCUUCUUCGGCCGCUUAGUCCCGGGCAUCAUCGCAGACAAAAUCGGGCCCUACAACAUGCUGUCGACCGUAAGCAUCAUCACCGCCAUCAUCACUUUCUGCUGGAUCCGCAUGACCACCAACGCGAGCAUCAUCGUCUUUUCCGUGCUCUACGGCUUCUUCUCCGGCGGUAUCAUCGGUAUCACCCCCGCCGCGAUUGCCAACUGUGCCGGGCAUCCUCAGGAAAUCGGCACUUACAUUGGAAUGGGUAUGGCUGUUAUGUCGGUUGCCACUCUUAUUGGCCCACCUAUUAACGGCGCGCUGCUUAAUGACUACAGUGGCUUCCUCCAGGUUCAGAUCUUUAGUGCGGCUGUGAUGAUGUCCGGGGGUGUUCUGGCCUUUGUUGCGAAGAUGGUGGGUGGCAAGAAAGCUUUGGCUAAGGGAUAA